CCUAAAACCCUCUUUUUUUCCUCUCCUUUUCAAAUCCCAAAACCCUCCAUCUUAGAUUUCUCUCUUUCGCUCUUAAAUUCUUUUAAUUUCUCGUUUAUUUUUGGAUUCAACUUCCGAGCUGGUGCUUUAAGAUCUUUGGAUUCAUGGAUACGGUUCAGGACGACCGAGAUCCAAUCGUCUGCACUGGGAAAAGGCCUGCUAAGCGAGAUAUCUCAACAGAGCAGCCUCUUUCGCCCAAAGAUGAAAGGAUUGUUUCAGCAAAUCCUUCUCCGGAUGCAGUCGUCAUUGGACCUUCAAGUGAUGUCACAGAACGGCCUGAAUCUUCUGAUGCAGGUGGUGAACUUGGCACUAUCCAUCCACUCAAUUCUUAUGCUUCUCACGAACAGAAUGUUUCAUAUGCUGGUUACAACAGUAGCACUGCUACUUGGGGUGGAUAUUCUCAAUAUCUUAAUGCUGAUGGUUUGCAUGUUGUAUCACCGGUCAUCUACAAUGAUAAUCCAUCCCUUGUCUUUCAUUCUGGUUAUGGCUUCAAUCCUGAAAUUGCAUAUGGACAAUAUUCUCCAGUUGCUACACAUUUGCCUUCUGUAAUGGUUGAUGGCCAACUAUACUCUUCACAGCAAGUUCCAUUUUCUCCAUCUUAUUUUCCACAAUCAGCUCCUCCAAACCUGUCCCAUAUAUCUUCAGCUGUUCCAGUUUCACCAACAGAGUUAUUGACAUCUGAAAGUAGUAGCAUUGACAAUAUGCUUUUUGGGCCAGGUUCAGGUUACUUAGUAAAUUUUGGAUCAUUAGGUGGAGCAAACCUUACAGGAAAUAUUGGUUCUAGUCCUCUAACAUCUCCAGCAGUUUAUCCCCAACCAAUGGGAAUUCUGGGAUCAUAUGAGCAUAAUGUUGGACAGAUUUCUCAACAACAGAGACCAACACAUGGAUUUGGAUUGGUGUCAAGUUCUCGCCUUCCUCCUAGUUCUUACCAGAGCUCCAGUUUUGGAGGUGCUUCUCCUUACUUAGUUGCUAAUGAUCGGAAUCGACUAACACUUGAUAAAGGCAGACGAAGAGAGAGGGAUAGAGACUCAAUUAGCAUAUUUCAUGAUUCACAUGAUACCUCCAAUGACCGUAAUCGAGGACCAAGGGCUUUAAAACAGAAGGGAAAGAAUACCACUGAACCGGGAUCUACUUCUGCUGCUAGCAAAAACAAUUCAAGUGUUUCUAGAAUUAUUGAUUCAUACAACCAGCUGGAUUUUGUUACAGAUUAUGAUAAUGCAAAGUUCUUUAUCAUUAAGUCUUUUAGUGAAGACAAUGUUCAUAAAAGUAUUAAAUACAACGUGUGGGCCAGCACACCUCAUGGAAACAAGAAACUUGAUGCUGCUUAUUAUGAGGCAAAGGGUUUAAAAGAGAGCUGCCCAGUUUUCCUCUUUUUUUCGGUUAAUGCUAGCGGACAGUUCUGUGGGGUAGCUGAAAUGAUUGGACCUGUUGAUUUUGAGAAGGAUGCUGACCAUUGGCAGCAAGAUAGGUGGAGCGGGCAAUUCCCAGUUCAAUGGCAUAUUAUCAAGGAUGUUCCUAAUAUCCGGUUCCGUCACAUUCUAUUAGAAAAUAAUGACAAUAAGCCUGUUACUCACAGCCGAGAUUCUCAGGAGGUAAGGUUGAAACAGGGCAUUGAGAUGUUGAAAAUUUUCAAGGAUCAUGAUGCACGUACAUCUAUCCUUGAUGAUUUUGAUUUUUAUAAUGACCGGGAAAAGCUCUUGAGGGAGAGGAAGGCCAGACAGCUAGCUUGCUCAACUGCAGAUGCUGGUGAUUCACUUGCUGAUGAGUCCCUAGGAGAAGUAUCCAACAGUUUUGCUCAAGCGCUUCAAUUGAAAGAGAGUAGUGAAAUAGUAGCAUCGGAAUUCGAUGCUGGUUCAAGAAUAGAUGCUCAAAUUUCUUUAGGUCAUGAUUCUCCUAAUCAAAUGUGUGACUGUUUAUCUCAAGGUUUGGGCUUGGAAUCGGGUGACAAAGAAGUACAAGCAUCUAGCAUAGGUGGUGGACGCCAGGAUGAUUCUGUUGACAAUGCAAUAAUUGUGUCAGCUGCUGCUAGUUGUAGUUAGGCACCUUGAGCAUCAUUGCUGAGAUUACUGUACUUAUUGUUUCCUGAAUUCUUUCACUUGCUGACAACAUUCGAGGUGAUAUUUUGUGCAUCUCGGGCAGUCAGGCUGCCAUCUGACCCCCCUUUUUCCGCUGUCAAUUUUUUGUUUGUUUGGUGGUUAACAAUUUAAACUAGUUAGGUGGUAUGCUCACAAGGGAGAAAGACACCUUUUUUUUGUUUUUUUGUUUUUUUUGUUUUUUUUGUUUUUGUGUUGUUUUUUGAGUUGUUUCGUCUUAAGUAGAUGGUUUUAGGCUUUGUUUAAGUAGUUGAGCCGGUGGAAGUUGUGCAGGGAUUCUGUAUACUAUGCCUGAUACCUUAGUUGUCCAAUUUCUUUACUGGUUUUCCAUGGGAUGGAAGGAUUUGUAAAGUUACCCAUUUCGGGAGGCAGAUCAAUAAAGGAAUACAAAAAAGUGCAAUGUUAUAGAAAUUUAUGAACUAGUCUAUUAUUA